CUGAAAAAAACUCUGAAAACAGUUUUGUCUAAAAAAAACUGAUUAAUUCCAACUUCCACUCCCACCUACCUAACUAAGCAAAAGGUGACCAGUGAUCACCAGUGAUGGAUUCCGACUUGGAGAGCGACAAUGAGUAUUCACCCGAAGACGACAGCUGCAACACAUCAGCGAGUGACCACAGCAGCGAAAAGGAUGGAGAUACGUCAGGGGCGGAGGAAUUGAACGAAGAAUACGAAGAGUACGAAGACGUCGAAGAGGACGAGCCGAAAGACGAUGAAAAGGGCGAGCACGACGAAAAGGACGAACAGGAAGCCGAGGAAGAGGACGAUGUGCCAGUAGAGGAGAACGUUAACGGUGAACUUCUCCCAGAAUUCUGCUCGGGGAAGAUCCAGGGAGGGAAACAAAAGCGGCUUGAUACCAGAAGUUAUUGCGGACCAGGCCCGGAUGACUGCCCCAAGCCAAAGGAUCCCCCAAAAUGCGAGAAGCCACAUCCUCCGGCAAAGGUCAAACCACCAAAGAAGGAGAAGUCACCUCCCCCACCGCCAAAACCCAAGUCACCUCCUCCUCCGAAAAAAGGCAAGAAAUGUGUACCUCCACCCCCAAAGAAGGAGGAAGAGGGGGGUUGCUGCACUGCCGCACCAGAGAAACCCACAAAAAAGAAACCUGACCCACCUCCACCUCCACCUCCGAAGCCUGUUCCCAAGCCCAAGGAGGUUGAUGAAUGUGUACCAGACAAGAAGGUGACCAAGAAACCGAAAGGCAAGAAGAGAAAGCAGUCUCGUUCAAAUAGCCGUAAAACGAAAACCAAGCGGACCAAGAAAUCGAAAUCGAAGUCGAAAUCGCGAACUAAGGCUGCCGGUGGUACGAAGCGGAAGUGUCCUCCAUGUAGUCUCCCUCGGACCAAGGCAACAAAGCGUCCACGCCCUUCAACCAAGACCCCAAAGAAAUCAAAGCAAAAGGAUAAGAAGAAGGACAAAAAGACGGAUAAGAAGAAGGUCACAAAAAAGGUCCCGAAGAAGGCCACAAAAAAGGUCAAAACAAAUCAACGGGGAUGCUAGAAGAAAAAGUGACAGCUCCUCUGAACCCAGCCGAUUAUAUGUAUGUAUGCCUGCGUGCUAAAAAGAUUCAAAUUGUAUCUACAAAAUUCUAAUGAAUCAAAUUAACAUUGUGGAACUGUAAUUGGAAAUAAAAUGUUGAACUCAAGCGUAAAUUCAA